CAUACGUGUAACUCAAAAGAGAAUAAUAAAAAUUUGAAAGAUAAUUAAAAUUUGACAACAAUCAUUAAAUAUCAAGAGAUUUUAGGCUGCAAUUUAAAAAGAUAAGAAAAUCCCGAAGAAAACCAGUCCCUAGUACAGGUUUGAAAAUAAUAUUACAAACUUAGAAAUAACAGAUAUAUUUCAUACAAAGUAAUGAGCAAUAAUAAUUGUUGCAGUCCGAACGCUGAUUGUUGCGUUCCCAAACUUUGUUGCACACAAGUCAAUCCCCUCGAUUCCUUCAAUUGCUUAAUCUCCAUAAUAUUUUGGGUGAUAUACAUUCUUUCGCAUGCUACCGCCGGUUUGUACGCCUACCUUCACUUUUCGGGCAACUGCGACGACUUCACCGUGUCCUCGGUCAUUUUGGCGGCGGCAUCCGCCGUCUUCGCCAUAGCCUCGAACCUGAACCUGCUGAAAAUCAUGCUGUCCUGCCACCCUCAAGGGUGUUUCAACUUGGUAUACACCUCUUUUGUGUACAUUAUGCUGGGCGCUAUAGCGCUGGUAUCCGGCGUCAUGGAGGUAAUGACUCGCAAAGAAUACUUGCACAAGAUUGCAUAUCAAUUAGGCAUUGUGUCGGGGUCGCUGGGAAUCGUCGUCAGCCUGAUCACCAAGCUGCUCUUUUGGUACUGUUGUGGUCCUGAUACAACUCCCAUUCCUUGCUGUUGUCCUCAACAAUCUUGUUAGAAUAAUUCGUGAUGAGACAAUUACGUUUUGAUUGUUAUUUUUAUUACU